AGCAGCCUCUCUAUAAAAGAAAAGGUUACUUGCUUGGUUUCAGAGACUUUAAUAUAUCCAAAAAAUAAGUUGAAAUGGAGGAGAAUUUGAUGAAGAUAAAGAAAGAGAAGACAGCCGACUCUUCUUCUUCUGGUGAUGAAGAAUCUGCUGCUGCUGUUCUUCCCAAGGCAGGAGAUAAACGACCCUACUGUGAAAAUGCUGAUACGAAGCCAUCUUCCCCGGGGAAAAAGGAUCUAAGCAGCAGCAACAAGGAUGAUGAACUUGAAUCAGCCAAAUCUGAGAUGGGAGAGGUGAGAGAAGAAAACCAAAGGCUAAAGAUGUAUCUAAAUCGGAUAAUGAAGGAUUACCAGAAGCUUCAAAUGCAAUUCUACGACAUCGUUGGGCAAGAUUCAAAGAAAUCCCUAGCACCACCAAACGAUGAACACCAACAAAUCGAAGAAGAAGAAGAAAAAGAACCCGAGCUUGUUUCCCUUACACUCGGACGAUUCUCGAGUGACUCGAAAAGAGAAGAUAAGGGCAAAACAUCUGGCAGCAGCAUCCAUCGAAAAGCGGAGGAGAUGAGAGGCAAUGAAGGUUUAUCUCUCGCUUUGGAUUACAAAUUCGAAGCUUCUAAGUCCGAGGUAGACGAUGAACCGUUGCCGAAUCCGAUCCCGGUGAACAUUUCUCAAGAACAAAAGGAAGAAGAAACAUGGCCGCCGAGAAAAGUUGUCAAGACAACCAAAAGUGGAGGAGACGAUGAAGUCUUGCAACAAAACCCUGCCAAGAAAGCUAGGGUUUGCGUCAGAACCAGAUGCGAUACUCCCACGAUGAAUGAUGGAUGUCAAUGGAGGAAAUAUGGACAGAAGAUUGCUAAAGGAAAUCCUUGUCCUAGAGCGUAUUAUCGUUGCACAGUUGCCCCUUCUUGCCCCGUGAGAAAACAGGUUCAAAGAUAUGCCGAAGACAUGUCCAUCUUAAUCACAACAUACGAAGGAACUCACAAUCAUCCACUUCCAAUGUCGGCCACCGCAAUGGCUUCCACCACUUGUGCGGCGGCUUCCAUGCUAUUGUCCGGUUCAACAUCGUCGGCCGGCUCCUAUGUUCCCUCUUCGACUUCCUCCCACCCCGCCCUCCAUGGACUCAACAUUUACCUGUCCGAUAACUCGAAACCGAAGUUCUACUUGCCCAACACUUCACUGCCGUCGGCCUCGUCCCACCCUACCAUCACUCUUGACCUUACUUCAACACCAUCAUCAUCGUCGUCGUCAUUUCCUUUCAACAGAUUCUCUUCGGCUUACCCCACGUCAUCAAGAUACAACACUUCGACGAGUCUCAGCUUCGGUUCAUUGGAAUCCAACACCGUGUCAUGGGUAAACGGACUCUUCACCUAUGGCGGAAGUACUCAACAACAACAUCCCUACAUGAAAUCCCAUAUCGGAGCUCUCAACAUUAAUGGAAGAACACCGCCGUCGACGGUGGAGAAUAACAUUUAUCAAUCUUUCAUGCAAAAGAAUCAUCCAGGUCAUCCUCAACCGCCAUUACCAGAUACAGUCGCUGCUGCAACCAAAGCGAUCACGAAAGACCCAAACUUCCAAUCUGCAUUGGCAGCGGCUCUCACGUCGAUAAUAAGCGCCGGAAAUAAUGGUGGCGGUGGUGGUGGUGCGCAGCCUGGGAGUUCGUUAUUUCUACAACCUAAUGCUUUUCCAUUUUCAGCUCCCAAGAGUGCUUCAACUUCUCCGAGUGAUACUGGAAAUCACAGCAAUUGAUUUGUAAUUAAGGAU